AUGGCUCUCGUUCGUGACCCAUAUUUCUGGAAGCGGUUCUCAACUGCAGUUCACUUGGAUGAGGAAUCAAAAGCAGCCGAACCAAACACACUCAAACCAGACCGAACAUCAUGGCUUUCGCGCCAACGACAAAAGAGCGAGCGCUCCAUCCUCUACGGCUUUAUCAUCUUCUUCAUUGUGGUCUUUAUGGUUGUCGCCGGUGUGGUCAUAUGGUGGCUCGCUAAGAACAACUGGCUCCGACCUAGACCUGCGACUGCAUAA